CAGCGAGAGGCGCCAGUGUCCGCCCAGGAGAUGCGCAGUGCACACGCGGUGCAGGGCUAGAUAUCGUCUGCUAUGGCGGGGCCCACGAGCAUCGACGAUACACACACCACGUGCAGGCGGCUGCAUGGCUUCUCCGGGUCAUCGGCGACAACACAGACUGGUGCUCCGACCGCAUCUGUGAUUCACCGAGAAAGUUAUGAGCUCUCAGCUGUUAUUUAGUGGGUUGCUGACGCAGCAGCGGUACCUCUACUGUCAAGUAUUGGCGAGAGGGCAGGUGCACAUCAGACUUGAGACCUAGAGUUGCGACUUCUUGCGUGCUCCAGUUCGUCGUCUCUUAUAAAACUCGUAAAGAUGUUGUGGUCAGACAGUUUGUGGACAACGCUCUUGAUUUUAACAGUGGUUAUUGCUCUGUUGUAUGUGUAUUUGUCGUCUGUAAAUAACUACUGGAAGAGACUCGGCGUUCCGUGCGUGAAAAGUGAACUCCUCUUCGGCAGUGCUCGUCGCGCCCUCUUCGCCCAGGAGUCGCUGCCCACAUGUAUCCACAGGAUAUACCAGGAGCUCGGCGACGUGCCUUUCGGAGGAUUCUACCUUAUGAUGACACCUUGUCUCAUGGUGAAAGAUGUCGAACUCAUCAAUAAAAUCCUUGUCUCUGACUUCGCGCAUUUCACUGACAGGAUCAACCCUCUGAGCACCAAGAUGGAGCCGUUGGCGAAGCACCUGUUCUGCCUGGGCGGCGACCUCUGGAGGGAGAUGCGGCUGUACAUGUCGUCCGCCUUCUCAGACAGCAGCUGCCGGCGCGACUUCUUCCUGGUGAAGCUGUGCUGCGACCGGCUGCAGCAGAGCGUUCACGCGGCCUUCCAGGGCCGCCACAGCCGCGACUUGGCCCUCAGGGACCUGCUCGCCUCCUUCACCACUGACGUCAUCGGCAUGUGCGCCUUCGGCAUCGAGUGCGGAGCCAUCGACGAUCCUAACUCGCAGUUCCGACGUAUUGGAAGUAUGAUUCUUCCGAAUACGAAGAAAAAAGCUUCCAGUGCACUGCUAGUCUUGACGUUGCCGAGAGUCGGAUCUUUCUUUGGCGUUAAAUUCUUCAGCACCACAGUGAGAGAGUUUUUCGACCGGAUAGUCAUGGAAACUAUAGAUCACAGGAAGAAGAACAACAUCCAUCGGGAAGAUUUGGUACAACUAAUGCUGGAACUGAAAGACGGCGGUAUCAUAUCUGGAAAAAACGGUGAGGCGAUAGAGGUGACAGACAACCUGGUGGUGGCGCAGAUGAUGAUGGCGUUCACGAUGGGCUUCGAGAUGACUUCGUCGGCCAUGAGCUUCUGUCUGCACGAGCUGUCCCUCAACCCAGCGAUGCAGACGCUUGCCCGCAAGGAGGUGGACGCGGUGCUCACUCGCCACGGGGGAGAGGUGACCUACGAGGCGAUUCAGGAGAUGACCUACUUGGACAUGCUGAUUGCAGAGACGCUGCGUCUGUACCCGAUGCAGAUGUACAUGAUGCGGCAGUGUACCAAGACGUACCAGGUGCCGGGCAGCGACCUGGUGCUACAGAAGGGCACCAUGGUGUACCUGCCAGUGCUGUCUCUCCAGAGGGACCCCCGCUUCUACCCAGACCCGCUGCGCUUCGACCCGCAACGCUUCGCUAACUGCGAGGGCGACAUCAUCGACGCCCCCUACUGGCCGUUUGGUGAGGGGCCGCGGGCCUGUCUGGGGCAAAAGUUCGCACUGAUGGUUGUGAAAGCAGGCUUGGUGGCGCUGCUGUCUCGCUUCGAGUUCCGGCCGUGCCUCCGGUCUUCAGAGAGGCCAGCGGACUUCGAGCCUCACAGUUUCCUGGCGAGGCCUGCAGGGGGCCUGUGGGUCCGCGUCAGCCUUCGGCCGUGGCUUCCUCUUCAGUGAAGGCGGAACAUGAUCCAGAGUAAUCAUAGCGUGUAGGCUUUCACGGCCGGCGUCUUCAGUAAUUAAACCUUCCGGGCUAAGAGGCCGUGGUCCAAUAGUAGAAAUACUUCUCCCUGACGUUUCGUUGCCAGCUACGGGCAACAUCAUCUGAGGUGAGUCUACGACUGGCUGCUAGGCCGUGGAGGGCGCCACCACUCGUACGUGUCGUCAACAGUAAAACUAUCUCUGGCUGGCGUCAUUACUCUCGAUCGAAGGUAAUCGAUUGUCACAUCUUUGGUACAAAGUCGAUCGCCAUAUCUUAUCUAAUUUCAAGCCUCCUUCUUUCCUGUUAAAAUUAUUGUGGUGUUUAAAAUGUCCGAAAACGUGCAACAAUAACAACAACCAUCGAUGGGGAAAGUUUUUCUUCCAUUCAUCCACAAUAUUACGGACCGUAUUGGCAAAGUUCUGGCCAAGUUCAGAAUUGAAACAAUCUUCAGACCCACCAAGAAGAUUAGUGAAUGCUUAAGAUCGGCGAAAGAUGCACGACACCCUUUAGCUACUCCUGGUGUGUAUAAGAUUCCGUGUAGUUGUGGGAAGCUUUACAUUGGAACCACAAGAAGAAGUAUCAACACUCGCGUAACUGAACAUAAACGAACUGUCGACUGGAACACACCGACAAAUCGGCUGUAGCGGAACAUGUUUUUCAAACGGGUGACCAUGAAAUAAAAUUUAGUGAGACGAGCGUCCUAGCUAAGACAUCGCAUUAUUAUGCACGUAUGUAUAGAGAGGCUGUAGAGAUUUUUAAACACCACAAUAAUUUUAACAGGGAAGAAGAAGGCUUGAAAUUAGAUAAGAUAUGGCGAUCGACUUUGUACCAAAGAUGUGACAAUCGAUUACCUUCGAUCGAGAGUAAUGACGCCAACCAGAGAUAGUUUUACUGUUGACAGCACAUGACGAAUGGUGGCGCCCUCUACGCGCUCCAUAUAAACAGGACCUCCACGGCCUAGCAGCCAGUCGUAGACUCACCUCAGAUGAUGUUGCCCGCACCUGGCAACGAAACGUCAGGGAGAAGUAUUUCUACUAUUGGACCACGGCCUCUUAGCCCGGAAGUUUUAAUUACUAAUGAUCCAGAGUGUUACAGGGGGCUUCGAACCUCUCUUGCGGAGCCAUGAGUUACGAGAGCUGUCCAAUAAGUACCCUUGUUAGGAAUACAGACACCAUUUUUUCUAAGAAUGUCUUUGAGCUUAGCUCCUGUUACAAAUGUAUACGUUUCCCAAGGUCUCACCUUUUUAGAACUCGUGUAAAAAAAAAACCCUUAGUCGUUUUUUGAUGUAUGAGGACAAGACAAAAUUGCCGGGAUCCAGGUCGUGAGAAUACGUGGAGGAGGCUCAGGGAAGAGGGUUGAAGGACGGGGUCGACGGAGCACAGUUGGAAAUUCGUGACGCAAUUCUUUUACUUGAAUGUGCUGGCGCUUUGUUGUAGCGAUACAGCACUUUCUUCAUCACCAAACAAGGCCGCAUAUCCUUCAAUAUAGAACUGCUCGAAUUUCUCACUGUAGUAUUUUAUAGUGAUAAUUUUUCCCUUUUCGAAUAAACAUGUGAGCAUGACGCCCUUCGUAUCCCCAAAAAAUCGUCUGUCACUUUUUCGGCCGACUGGGCCUUCUUCUCUUUCUUCGGAACGUAUUGAUCGGAAGCAACGCAUUGUUUUGAUAGUUGCUAUAUUUACGAGGUAUAAUGAUAAAUUCUGGCCUCAUGGAGACGGCGACAGCUCGACGCAAAAACUGCUCGAAACACAACUUCGAAACUGAAAGCGGCAGCCGUUUGUUGUCCACUGUCAGCAGUCGCGGUACCGAUCGUCAGCUUGUCACGUGAAAUUGCCGUUCCCUUCGAUUCACCUAUGGCGACUGCUACCGUAAACAGCAUCCAUUUUCGCUUUAAUCUCGCACGUCUUUUGUCAUGCAAAAAUGAAAAACGCUGAGGAUUAAACGAUAUUAAAAUUGUUCCAUGUUGGUGGGAACCACGUAGCACAACGUGUGCCAAAUCCGUACUAUCCCAUGAAUCAAUGUAAUUUGCUUUAGCAACAUAUCACAGAUGGAGGUACACGAUCUUAAAACACGGGUACUUGUAGAACCGCUCUCAUAGACCCACGGUACGUUGCAUGGUAUAUUAGCUACUGCUAAAGAAACUUGAGAAGCAGAAAAAUAAACAGAUUUUGUGAUGACAGAACCACAAACGAUUAAGAUGUUCGAAAUUUAGAUUUCUAUAGUCAGCCGAAGUAGACUGUAAGCAGACAGCAUAAAAUAGAGCAGAUAAAAGUGUCACGCUAACAAUCAUUCACUUUCAGGAAAAAUGUACAAAUUACUAUGUACCAAACAUGUUAUGAAAUCGAACUUUGAGAUUUCUUUACUUGUCUGUUGUCUUUUAAAAUAAAAAAGCAAAGAAACA